AUGUUGGUUUACCCAAUAAGCAAGUUGUACCCCACCAGCAAUGAAGAUCCAGAACGCUUUGCCCCAUUCACAUCAUUAAGAUUAGCCUGGCAGGUGCAAGGCCCCGCCGCCUCUCCAACUCGCUGCCCCCGCCCCCACCGGACGUCCUCCCAGUACCGCCGGCUGCUCAGUGACAAGGGGCCACCUUCACUCGGGUACACCCAGGGAACUAGUAACAGCCAGGCGCUCCAGGGCAAAGACUCGGAGCCGCUGGCUAUCGAGGAAGAGCUGGGGAGAGAUCAGACCACAUUCUCCUGGAGCAAGAGCGCCGUGGAGCGGCUGAACAGAGGCAUCAUUCACGCCAGAGAACUGGUCCAGGAGUGCUUAACUGAGAUGGAAGGGAAUGCCUGA